GUGUAUGUUCCGCUAACAACCAAGCUGGUGAAGCAGUAGAACGCUUGCCACUAGCCUUCUAUUCAGCAAUAUGGGACUCUCCCUUAUGCGCCGAUUACCCGCCAAGGUGCGUGAGAGGUCAAUUCUCGAAAACACCGCACCACUUCACAGGUUUCACACGGUUACAGGUGUAUCUAGGAAUACAGUCAGCAUGCGAAAUAGGAGUAUAACAAACCUCUCCAAAUGCACGGUCAAUAGGUACAUGCACACACAGAUACCAUCUCUCGGGAGUUGUGCAAGUUUGAGUCGCAAACUGGGCCCUUUAGGUACACAUCUGCACCAUCCAAAUACAAGCGUACUUCAGAAUGCACUGGUCAGCAGUGUGUGUGUGACAGGUGCAAUGCAUAAAAGCUAUUAUAAUUCGAGUGCAGCGCGGCAAAGGCAUAACGUGCAAGUUGAAAAGAAGUGGAACCAGGCUAUCAAAUCUGGCAGGGGUUUGGUGCAUACCCCUACAUCACUGGUGACGUUCAAGAUGUUAACACAAUGGAGGGCUCAUCGGACCGCAUUGCAGUAUAUGAUGCACCUGAUGUGGGCAGGACACCCGCUAUACUAUACACUCAAGGAUUGCCUGUUUCAGCGCAACGGACAUGCUUUCCGGCCGGUUAUUGUGCUGCUGAUGGGGCGAGCAGUGCAAACUGAUAGUGUACCACCAACAGAAGCAGGGGCUUCUUUAUCCCAGAUUGAAGUGAAGCAUCAGGAGUUGGCGACCCUUACGGAGAUGAUGUUCGUGGGAUCGCUCAUCCACACAAACAUUGUGGACGUCAGUAGGACCCAGGACACAGACCUCCUGCCCCCGCUCGCAGCAUCAGGAAAUAAGAUAUCUGUGUUGACGGGUGACUUCCUACUGGCCAAGUCGAGUGUGAUGCUGGCAAAGCUACAGAGUGCUAGAGUGGCGUCAGUGAUGUCACAUGCACUCGCACAGCUGAGUGAAGGGGGAGCCAGAAAGACUGAAUUAACGGUUUCCAAGACGGACGUCCCGCUAUUAAAGCGGGACAUUAGUACUAGGAACCAAUCGGAAGGAGCGGCGGACGCGCGUUCGCGACCUGUGGUGGAGUCUGCAGACCAGCACACGUCGACACAUGCACGCACCCACACCCUCACGAACACACACGCUCAGGCAGCUUCAUCGGCAAGUACAGUUCCCCGUUUACCCAUAGACACUCACAUGCACACAUCUGUGCGGGCUCUCUCCACUCACGGCACGGAGGAUGCACCUCCAGAACACACGGAUGAGCGUGUGGUUACGAUAGGGGGCGGGGACAAGCACGUUGGUGCGGAUGAGUUCGUGCAGGGUGUCUAUCUUAGUAUGGGUAGUUUGAUCGCGAAUAGCUGCAGGGCUGUGGCUAUACUUGUGGGUACUACCGCUAAAGUAGAGGAGAUGGCUUUCUUAUAUGGCAAACAUCUGGGAAUCGCUUAUCAGUUACAUCGCGAAGCGACUGACUCCAGACCUGCGGGUGUGAUUGAUGAUCUUAUCGAGGUCCAUUGCGGACAAGCCCGGCAUGCGAUUGCGGAUCUAUAUGAAAGCCCCGCAAAACGCGCGCUCUUGGACAUAGUGGCCUCUCUUGCACCGAGGGCGUGCUAGCAUCGCAAUUUAGAAAUUAGAUAAUACAUAUAGUACACCCA